UUGUUGGAUUAACUUUGUGCAAGUUGUUCAUUUCUAUCACUAAAACGUAGAAAAAUGAAGAGAUCACUUACGUUUUUCAUUUUAGCGCUAAUUGCUACCGUAAUUGCAGAUGAUAAUGAUAAAAUCCUGGAAGGAAUGGCAAAAGAAUUCGAAAUCGAAGUAUCGAAAUUACGGGAAUGUCUGGACGAAGAAGGACUCUUAGAUUUAAAUACUACGAUGCAAAAGUUUGAUUGGAAUGGCACGAAGGAGGGGAAUGAAGACGCCAAAGCAGAAUUAAAACCAUUUUGUGGUUUUAUGGCUUGUACAAUGGAAAAGCAAAGUUUGAUGGAAGGUGGAAAGUUAGCUACAGACAAGAUGAUUGAAAAUAUAAAAGAACGCGGUAACAAGCGUAGCGAGCCACAGCCUCCAGAGGAAAUGUUAACGAAUUGGAAGAAAUGUAUGAAUUCAUUAAACGAAAACAGCCAAUUGACUCGGGAAGAGAGAGCCUGUGGUUUACUACAGUGCUUUCACUGAAUGAACGGUGAGAGAUGGUAAAACAAGAUUGUAAAAUGCAGUAUGUCGGCUGGAUAGAAAAUCAUAAUAUUUCCUAUACAUAAAUAUAUAUACAUAUAUUAUAUGCAAUGACAAUAUAGUAAAUAUAAAAUUUCUGAGAUAUCGGGAUUUAAACAAAGUAAAACGCCAUUUCUGUAGAUUCACAAUAAAUCUUACUUA